GAGCCGCGCCUGUCUCCCUCCUCCCCUCCGCGCGCUCUCGCGCCGGCCCCUUCGUGUGUGAGUGUGCACAAGUGGGGGAGGGGAGCGAAUGAGGCGGCUCUGCCUUCCGCCGGUUCAUCUCCGUAUCCAUCCCCUCCAUGGUCCCUGCUCCACCCCACCCCGCUAGCCGGAUAGCCGUUGCCUGCUGGGAUUAGUCUCCGGGGCCGUGGGGGUGGGGGGGAAGGGUCGUGACGGGGGUGGGGUGGGGAAAGGUGAGGACCUGGCGGCGGCAGCAGGAGGAACCGGAGGGAGUAAGAGCGACACGCGGGGAGGCUGAGGCCCACAGGAGGAAGGAGCAAGGAGCGGCAGCGGUAGCAGCUGGAAGGAGCCCCGGCGUGGCCACUGGAACCUUCCGGGGCGGAUUUGGUCUGUUCGCUGUGAGGCGACUGGGAUUUAACGUGGUGGCGAUUGGCGGCGGCGGCGGCGCGUUGUGUGGGGAGCGCGGAGGGGAUCGUGCCCGCGCCCCCCUCCCGCCUUGGCCGCCUGUGUGGCUAAUUCCCCCCCAUCUGGACCAUGGCCGACGACGACGUGCUGUUCGAGGAUGUGUAUGAGCUCUGCGAGGUGAUCGGCAAGGGUCCAUUCAGUGUUGUGCGGCGAUGUAUCAACAGAGAGACGGGGCAACAGUUUGCUGUAAAGAUUGUCGAUGUAGCAAAAUUCACUUCAAGUCCAGGAUUAAGUACAGAAGAUCUGAAGAGGGAAGCCAGUAUCUGUCAUAUGCUGAAACAUCCUCAUAUUGUUGAGCUUUUGGAGACCUACAGUUCUGAUGGAAUGCUAUAUAUGGUUUUCGAAUUUAUGGAUGGAGCAGAUCUCUGCUUUGAAAUUGUAAAGAGAGCAGAUGCUGGUUUUGUAUACAGUGAAGCUGUUGCCAGUCAUUACAUGAGACAGAUACUGGAAGCACUACGCUAUUGUCAUGAUAAUAAUAUAAUUCACAGGGAUGUGAAGCCACACUGUGUGCUACUUGCCUCAAAGGAAAAUUCAGCACCUGUAAAGCUUGGUGGCUUUGGCGUUGCUAUUCAAUUAGGGGAAUCAGGACUCGUUGCUGGAGGACGGGUAGGAACACCCCAUUUUAUGGCCCCAGAAGUAGUAAAAAGAGAACCUUAUGGAAAGCCUGUAGAUGUGUGGGGCUGUGGAGUGAUCCUUUUUAUUCUGCUUAGUGGUUGUUUGCCUUUUUAUGGAACAAAAGAAAGAUUAUUUGAAGGCAUUAUCAAAGGAAAAUACAAGAUGAAUCCUAGGCAAUGGAGCCAUAUCUCUGAAAGUGCCAAAGAUCUGGUACGACGCAUGCUUAUGCUGGACCCUGCUGAAAGAAUAACCGUUUAUGAGGCACUCAACCAUCCCUGGCUGAAGGAACGUGAUCGCUAUGCAUACAAGAUUCACCUUCCAGAAACUGUGGAACAGCUGAGGAAAUUCAAUGCAAGAAGGAAAUUGAAGGGUGCAGUACUAGCAGCAGUAUCAAGCCACAAGUUCAAUUCUUUCUAUGGUGAUCCCCCUGAAGAAUUGCCAGACUUCUCUGAAGACCCUACCUCCUCAGGACUUCUAGCCGCAGAAAGAGCAGUCUCACAGGUAUUGGACAGCCUAGAGGAAAUCCAUGCACUUACAGAUUGCAGUGAAAAAGACUUAGAUUUCCUACAUAGUGUUUUCCAGGAUCAGCAUCUACAUACGCUACUAGAUCUUUAUGACAAAAUUAAUACAAAAUCUUCACCACAAAUCAGGAAUCCACCAAGCGAUGCUGUACAGAGAGCCAAAGAGGUAUUGGAAGAAAUUUCAUGUUACCCAGAAAACAGUGAUGCAAAAGAACUUAAACGUAUUUUAACACAACCUCAUUUCAUGGCCUUGCUUCAAACGCAUGAUGUAGUGGCACAUGAGGUUUACAGUGACGAAGCAUUAAGAGUUACACCACCUCCCACAUCUCCAUAUUUAAACGGAGAUUCUCCGGAGAGCGCCAAUGGUGACAUGGAUAUGGAGAAUGUAACAAGAGUGCGAUUGGUUCAGUUCCAGAAAAACACAGAUGAACCAAUGGGAAUCACUUUAAAAAUGAAUGAGCUGAACCACUGCAUUGUAGCAAGAAUUAUGCAUGGAGGAAUGAUUCACAGGCAAGGUACGCUUCAUGUGGGGGAUGAAAUUCGGGAAAUAAAUGGAAUCAGUGUAGCAAAUCAAACAGUGGAACAGCUACAAAAAAUGCUAAGGGAAAUGCGAGGUAGUAUCACCUUCAAGAUCGUGCCAAGUUAUCGCACUCAGUCUUCUUCAUGUGAGAGAGAUUCCCCCUCUACAUCCAGACAGUCCCCAGCUAAUGGCCAUAGCAGCAUUAACAAUUCUGUUUCGGAUUUGCCAUCAACAACACAACCAAAAGGACGACAGAUAUAUGUAAGAGCACAAUUUGAAUAUGAUCCAGCAAAGGAUGACCUCAUUCCCUGCAAAGAAGCUGGCAUCAGAUUUAGAGUUGGUGAUAUUAUCCAGAUUAUUAGCAAAGAUGAUCACAAUUGGUGGCAGGGUAAACUGGAAAAUUCAAAAAAUGGAACUGCAGGACUCAUUCCUUCUCCUGAGCUUCAGGAAUGGCGAGUAGCUUGUAUUGCUAUGGAGAAGACUAAACAAGAGCAGCAGGCAAGCUGUACUUGGUUUGGAAAGAAAAAGAAGCAAUACAAAGACAAAUACUUAGCAAAGCACAAUGCAGUGUUUGAUCAAUUAGAUCUUGUCACAUAUGAGGAAGUAGUAAAAUUGCCAGCAUUCAAAAGGAAAACACUAGUCUUACUAGGAGCACAUGGUGUUGGGAGAAGACAUAUAAAAAAUACACUAAUUACAAAACAUCCUGACAGAUUUGCAUAUCCUAUUCCACACACAACCAGACCACCAAAGAAAGAUGAAGAGAAUGGAAAGAAUUAUUACUUUGUAUCACAUGACCAAAUGAUGCAGGACAUUUCCAACAAUGAAUAUUUGGAAUAUGGUAGCCAUGAAGAUGCAAUGUAUGGGACAAAACUGGAAACAAUAAGGAAGAUCCAUGAACAGGGAUUAAUUGCAAUACUUGACGUAGAGCCUCAGGCCCUGAAGGUCCUGAGGACUGCAGAGUUUGCUCCUUUUGUUGUUUUUAUCGCUGCACCUACAAUUACCCCAGGCAUUAAUGAGGAUGAAUCUCUUCAACGCUUGCAAAAGGAAUCUGAAAUCUUACAGAGAACAUAUGCACACUACUUUGAUCUUACAAUUAUCAACAAUGAAAUUGAUGAAACAAUCAGGCACCUGGAGGAAGCCAUUGAGCUUGUUUGUACAGCAUCACAAUGGGUCCCUGUCUCCUGGGUGUAUUAAUCCUCUCACCAGAAGAAUUUUAUCAUUACUGGGAACCACCUCAUACAUGGAAGAACCUCUUUGUUAUUGACCUUGUGUCAACAGGUCUUGGCCCCUAGAGACUACCUAGAUGUAGUGUGACCUAAAUUUAUAAUUAUCGUCAUGUCCUUAUAGAUAGGAGGAGAAAAAUGCUAAUUUAAAGAGACAGUAUCUUUUUUAAUCAGUUCUCCUAAACUUUAUUAAAAUGUAUCUUUAAAUAUAUGUAUUAUUCAAUCCUUUGGAAUGUUAUAUUUUUGGAAAUCAUAGCUUUUAAUUUCAAAGGCCCCUAAAACUGCACAAAAUAGAUGCUGCUUUCUAUAAUCUAUUUUAAUAAUAAUAUGAUCUGUUACUUAACUUGGGGGUGGAACACUACAUUCUUUUUAGAGUCUGAUUUUGUGAAUUGGAAUAACUUGCUUUCCUUUAUUUAUUUGAAAUUAUUAGCCCAAUCAUGACAAGAUCAUUUCUUACAUUCUAAUGGCCUUUCUUCGCUUUUUUUCAUUAUUUUUAGAAUAGCAUUUUGAAGUCCUUUCAUGUAAUAUCCGGAUAAUGUGAUACUGUCUCUUUGAAGAACUCUGUAAAACUUAUAGAGAUUUGAAGUUGGGUCUUGACUCUUAAUGCAUGUGGACAGUCGCAAGCGUUCAUGCUGUUGGUGUAUCUGUGUUGAAAAAAACUGUAAUCUACAGCAAAGUACAUUCCGUUCAUGGGGGGAAAGUACCCAAGGGAAUAAAAUAAAAUACUAUGACUAAGUUGUAAAACCUAUGCACAUCCCUUGCAUUUUGGGCAACUUUAUAAACAAAAAUCCUAAUUUUUAUUAAUAAUCAUGUAGUGAAAUGUGUUUGUAAUUUUGUCUCAAUUUAAUUUGUUGUAAAGGUGGGAGGGGAAAAAUUACUGGUUUCACCAUUUCAGAUCUGUGUUGUCUGAGAGUAUUAACGUUUUAAUUACGUUUAAACAAAGAAAUGCUGAUUUUUAAUAUGUAUGUAAUUGUUUUGAAAAAUGCACACAUUUUAAGAGAAAAUACUGUGCAAUGAAGAAACCAGUUUAGGCAUUGCGAUAAACUAACAGUUCCAAAAGACUCAACCUGCAGCCCUGUAAAUUCCUUUAAACUAUAAAUGACUCUACAGUCUGACCAGUUUUUUAUUUUAAAUAUACUUCCUUUUAUGUGUUCAACAAUUAAAUGCCUUGGGUCAUUCAUUUCAUCACAGGAUCCUUUAGGUGCUUCAAAGGUCAGCCAACUCCUUUGUAGACGUUUAGAAAAACGUUCUGGCCAUCUUUGCGUUCAUUUGCAUUAGUGCUUUGAUUGCAAGACUUCAAGACUUAUGGCUCACUUAGCAAAUAAGGGUCGCUUCAUACAUUCACACCUUUAGCAUUAUAUAUGCUAAUGACAAUGUACUGAAAACCACAUGAAAUAAAAAAGACAUAUGGUAGAUAGGUACAAAUCACAGGGAGCUCCCAAUUGGCCAUGGCUCCCUGCAGUUUGUACUCUGAUGGGGGAACAUGUUCUUGACAAUGUGUGAAGCAGUCCUAAAUUUUAUAUGCAGAGCCUUAAUAAGCAAAUAUUACCAUUUGUUCAUCUCAGGGUUAUUGCUAUUUUCUGAUUUCUCUGACUAGCCCUCUGCAAGGGUAACAUCUGUUCCCUAUGAUAGAAGAGGGAGACUGAGCAUUAUCCAUCCUAGUUUGUGAUGACUUUGUGAACUUAACCACCGUUUAUCACCAGUUUCGAUGUACCUUGGACUGUUUUACAUUUUUAUUAUUUAAUAUGGAUUUUUUGCUUUUGUUAUUAAAUUCCAGUAUGUUUUUGAAAA